AUGGAUUGUCUGGGCUCACUCUUAGGAAUUGCCCCCUGCUUAUGUGAUUACGCUGCCAAGCAUUCAGUUUACAUCUGCGAUCUGGAAGAUAAUCUUGAGGUAUUGAGAAAUGCAAUGGUGGAACUGAAGAAUGUAAGUGAAGAUGUGAAGAGAAGGGUUGAUCUUGAAGAGCAGCAACAGAUGAGGCGUAGAAGUGAAGUAGAUGGCUGGCUCCAAAGAGUAGAAGAAAUGGAGAAUGAAGUUACUGAAAUUCUGCAAGAAGGUGAUGAAGAAAUCCAGAAGAAAUGUCUGGGAUGUUGUCCCAGGAAAUGCUGUUUGGCAUAUGAGCUUGGAAAGAUUGUGAUAAAAAAGAUCAGUGAGGUGACUGAACAAAAGAACAAAGGGCAUUUUGACGCUGUGGCAGACAGAAUGCCUCCAGCUUCAGUGGAUGAACUGCCAAUGGAGAACACUGUGGGCUUAGAUUUUAUGUAUGAGAAAGUCUGUGGCUACCUUCAAGAUGAACAAGUAGAAAUUAUUGGACUAUAUGGAAUGGGGGGUGUUGGAAAGACCACCCUCUUAAAGAAAAUCAAUAAUUAUUUCCUGACAACAAAUCAUAAUUUUGAAGUAGUGAUAUGGGUUGUUGUAUCCAAGUCUGCAAGCAUAGAAAAAGUUCAGGAAAUAAUUCGAAACAAGCUACAAAUUCCAGAUGACAAAUGGAAAAGCAGAAGCAGCAAGGAUGAUAAAGCCAUGGAAAUAUGGAAGGUUUUGAAAACAAAGAAGUUUGUGUUGUUAUUGGACGAUAUCUGGGAGCGUCUUGAUCUCUUACAAGUGGGGGUUUCUCUUCAAGACAAUCAAAAUAAGUCCAAGAUAAUAUUCACAACCCGAUCCGAGGAUCUGUGCCACCAGAUGAAAGCUCAGAAGAGGAUCAAAGUGGAGUGCUUGGCACCAGAAGAAGCCCUGGCUUUAUUCCAGGAGGAGGUAGGAGAAGAAGCAUUAAAUUCUCAUCCAGAUAUACCAAGGCUUGCCAAAGUUGUUGCUGAAGAGUGUAAAGGUUUGCCGCUUGCCCUUAUUACCAUCGGACGAGCUUUGGCUUCUGCAAAGACUCUCGCACGAUGGGAGCAGGCCAUAAAAGAACUGAGAAACUUCCCAGCCAAAAUUUCAGGUAUGAAAGAUGAAUUGUUUCACCGUUUGAAGUUCAGUUAUGAUAGUUUGCAAGGUGAUACCAUCAAAUCUUGUUUCUUAUAUUGCUCAAUAUUCCCAGAGGACUGUGAAAUUAGUAGUAAUAAACUGAUAGAACUUUGGAUUGGGGAGGGGUUCUUAGCUGAAGCAGGGGACAUAUACGAAGCACGUGUUCUAGGACGCGAACUUAUUCAAGUUUUAAAGCUUGCAUGUCUGUUGGAGCCUGUAGAAACUCAAGAGUAUUGUGUUAAGAUGCAUGAUGUGAUCCGCGAUAUGGCUUUAUGGAUAAGUUCUGAAUUUGGAAGCGAGAAGAAUAAAGUUUUGGUAUAUGAUCAUGCUGGCUUGUUUGAAGUACAAGAAGUUGCAAGAUGGAAGGAAGCUCAGAGGUUGUCACUGUGCAAUAUAAGUUUCGAGGAAAUCAAAGAAGUCAACGAAACACCAAUACCAUGCCCCAAUCUCCAAACUUUUCUCAUAAGAAAAUGCAAAGAUCUGCAUGAAUUUCCAACUGGGUUUUUCCAAUUCAUGCCUGCCAUGAGAGUUUUGGACUUGUCAGGAGCUAGUUCAAUAACUGAAUUGCCUGUUGAGAUAUACAAACUGGUCUCCUUGGAAUAUCUUAAACUGUCCCAUACUAAAAUAACCAAGUUGUUGGGCGAUCUCAAGACUUUGAGAAGAUCGAGGUGCUUGUUAUUGGAUAAUAUGUAUUCACUCCGAAAAAUUCCAUUGCAAGUGAUAUCAAGCCUUCCAUCAUUGCAAUGGUUCAGUCAAUGGUUUAGCAUCUACAGUGAGCAUUUGCCUAGUGCGUUUGCAGAAGCAUUUGCAGGAGAUAAUGUACUGUUUGAUGGAGGUCGUGCCUUGUUGGAAGAGUUGGAAAGCUUGGACCACAUGAGUGAUAUAUCCAUCAACCUAUACACAUGCCUCUCCAUCAAUAUAUUAAAGGGUUCCCACAAGUUACAGAGAUGCAUAAGGCGGCUAUGCCUCAAAGCCUGCAAAGAUUUAACCUCACUUGAGCUAUCGUCUUCGUCUUUGAGAAGAAUGAAGCACCUGGAAAGCCUUUUUGUGAAAGAUUGUCUUCAACUGGAAGUUGUACAAAUCAAAGUGGGAGAAGAGGGGAGGCAAGGAUCUGACCAUAACUUCCCCAACCCAAGCUUAGGAAAAUGGUUCCACAGCCUACAUGAAGUAUGCAUUUGGAGGUGUCCAAAAUUGUUGGAUUUGACAUGGCUUAUGUAUGCUCAGAGCCUUGAAUAUCUCAAUGUUCAGAACUGUGAAUCCAUGGUAGAAUUGAUAAGCAGUGAUGAUGCAUUUGAAGGAAAUCUCAGCCUAUUCUCAAGGCUCACCUCACUGUUUUUGAUCAACCUCCCAAGGCUACAGAGCAUCUAUUCACAGACCUUGCUCCUUCCAUCACUGGAAACAAUCUCUGUGAUCGAUUGUAUGAUGCUAAGGCGGCUCCCUUUCGAUUCAAACACGGCCGCCAACUGUUUAAAGAAAAUCAAAGGGAAUCAAAGCUGGUGGGAUGGCUUGCAGUGGGAGGAUGAAACCAUCAGGCAGACCUUCACCAAGUAUUUUUCAAGAUGGCAGUGA